AUGCGACUACCAAAGAUGAAUUUCACUGGGACAGAUCAUCGGUGGGUGUUUUGCCUUAGCUUUUGCUUCUACUGCUUGCUGCAGUUUGUGGUUGGCUAUAGAUUUAAUGAGGAUAUUGUCCAGUGUUAUCAGACACCCGUUACGACGGGAUGCAUACGCGGCUAUGACAGAUGGUUUUAUACGCGAUCGAGCAACAAAUGUUACCGAUUGUUCGUUUGUGAUUGUGGCUUCAGGUUUCGAACGGAUUGCGAACGCAUCUGCUUUACCCGCUUAUCGUUGCCCAAAGAGCCCGUGAAGCGAGAAAGAAAAAUUGAAGAAACAGAAAUAGAAACAGAAACAGAAGAGAACCAAACCCCAACUAUAAGUCCAUUUGUUUCGAGUCCAGGACCAGAGGCAGAAAAUGGAACAAAAUAAACUACAGCUGCCAAAUAAUUCUACAAAAAAUCUACGAAUCGUUACAUUUAAAUUGGGGAAUUAUGCCAGAAAUAAUAGAGAGCAGAAAUGAUGGAAACUUCAAACUUUGGGUAACUAAUUGAAUUGGCUGGCCAUUAAAAUUAAAUAAAUUGUUAACCAUUUAAAUAAAA